CUUCCGGAUGUUUCCGACUAAUUGGUUUUAUAUAUUUUUAAAGCAUAACUUUUAUUCUUUUCAAAAGUUUGUAAGUCCAGCAAGACAAUUAUGUUUUACAAUAACAUUACAAAAAUAUUUCGAAACAGUUGAAAUUAAAACUUAAAACUGAUAUUUCCGGAGUUUUGAAACUUUUCUGAAGAUUUCAUCAACAAACCAAAAUGGGAAGCUGCGUGACGUUAUCACUUUAUCUCCAAUUAAGAACAAAACUUUAAUAUUGAUUGACAUUUGGCUGACACUUGGAUACAUUAUAAAGUUAUAGAUGUAAGAUAACUUAUUAAACUACCGCAACUAUAGUCGAUGUCAUUAGCACAUUAUAAAAUGUUCUAUGAUGAAAUCUUAUAAAAAAGAACACAAAAGGAAUUGGUUCUCUGAGUUGAUGUUAGCUUCCUACAUAAUAUAAGAUAUAAAGGUGAAUAUAUCUUGAAGGCUCUUAUUGUAACAUAUUGGCCCCCACCUAUACUCAAAAUUACGGAACUAAAUAUAUUCAACAUGGGAACUGGCAGUUCUUUCUUACAUUCACCUGAUGAUGAUGAUAUCAUUGGCGCCGACUGUGAUGGUAAUAGCCAUGGUGUCAUUAAAAGGAUCCCGAUUGAAAUGAAACCAAGGGGACGUCUAGGACUUCGAAAACCCAAAGAUGAAAGCUUACGUUCAAUCGACUUAGACAGCCAGGAACUUGAACGCAAAAACAAAGAAUUUGAGAUGUACCGGCGCAAUAAAGAACAGGAGAUUGCUAACAUGCAGAAGAAAGAACAAAAGCUAAUAAAUGAGAACAAGAAAUUUCGAGCAGAGUUGUUGGCUCUUCAGAAAACUUGUGCCAAACUACGAGGUGAACGAGAUUUGGCAACUCAGGCUGAAAGCCAGGCACUUGCAAGAGCUGCUGCCUUUGAAAAUGAUCGAGAUAAGAUACAAAGGCAAUUCAAAAUUUUUCGUGAAACAAAAGAAAGUGAAAUUCAGAACCUUCUCAGAGCCAAACGUGAGUUAGAAAGCAAACUUCCAAAACUAAACAGAGAUCUUCUGAAUGAUACCAGUGAAGAUGAUGAUUCUCCAGAAUCUGGUUUGGAGUCUGUUGGUAGUGCUUAUCCUGGAGACUGGUGGACUGCUUUGGAAAGUGAACCUUCACUUGGUAGCACGUUCCAGUUACAUCCAACAUUCCGUGGGCCAGAAUUAGCCAACUGUGUCAUGGAGCUGGAAGGACCAUUCACCAAUGUUAAUAAAGAGGAUUGGAGUUUGGCCCUUGGAAAGCUUACACAAAUCAGCCCUACAAUUCCAGAGCAUUUAAUUGCUAAUGUGGUUCGAAUUUUUGUGUCCAUCUCUAAUGAUAGUAAGAUGGAAUUUGAUAUUUUUCAAAAGGAUUAUGCUCCAAAGCUUGCCAGUUUAUGUCAAGGGGAAGGCCGAACUUUGAUUGUUGUUAACAUGCAUGUAGAUGAUGAUGUGAGCCUAUCAUCAACGGUGUUUGAACUUCACUUGCAAGCAAUAAAAAGACAAAUCCAGAUGUCAAACUUGUAUUUAGCUUUCAGAGGGGUUGAGGCUAACAGGUUUAAUAGCUGGGAAUACAGCUGGGGACAUCUAGAUAGCCUUGGUGUGCGACCUGCUGUAUUUUGUCUUCGUGAAAAAUAUGAUGGCACGCAAAUAAAUAACCUGAACAUCCAGAGCAGUAAUGUCCGUGUCUUAAAUGGUUAUAACACACCAGCCAAAGGUGCUGAGUUAGCCUAUAAUGAAAUUGACAAGAUAUUAAAAAUGGAACUUGGUAUUGAUGCCAAAAAGGAAAAACCAGAAAGUGACUGUGGUUAUUCUGAACUAGAAGGUCCUGAACAACUAUGUGGUGGUGCUUUGUGGGACAUCCAAUGUGACUAUGAGCAUAUGGUAGCUCUUAAUGCUGCACUGUCUUCAAGUUGUGAGCUUGGCUUUGAGAAGUAUUAUGAGCAAUUGAAUAGUCAUGUACAUGCCUGUGGACCUCAACCACCCCUUUUGAUCAUUGGUUCUUCUGGCACCGGUCGUUCUUUGCUCCUAGCAAAAUGGACCCAACUUCAUCAAGAAAAAUAUCCUAGUUGCUUAGUCAUGUGUCAUUUCGUCAAAUCCAAGUCUUCUGUUGGUGCCGAUCCCAUAUUUAUGAUCCGGCGGUUUACAGCCCAGCUGAUGCAGCAUGUUACCUCACCACCUGCUUUGACAUGUAACCCUGUACGUCUGGAAGAGGAGUUUCCUCGAUGGUUAGAGAAAGUUUCAUCAAGACUGCCUGGUGGGGUGGUUUUGGUACUUGAUUCUAUUGACCUCUUUCAAGAAGCUGAAGAACACCUCAAGUGGUUAUUGGAUCCAUUGCCUGUUGGUGUUCAUGUGAUAGCAACAGUAAAUGAAAAGUCUUGUCCACAGUCUUGGAGACAAUGGGCAACACUUCAUCUAGAUCCAUUAAGCAAGAAAAAUGUCAAAGAACUUCUCAGGGCAGAGCUAGCUUUGUUUGACAUUCGUUUGAGUCAAGAAGAAGAGACCAGUAUCCUAGAACAUUGCCAGACUGAUGACACUUGUGCACCACUGUUUACUAUGGUUUUAACUCGACAUAUUGUAUGGACAAUGAAGCGUAGUGAAAAGUCUAAGGAAUAUCUGAAAGACAUCCUGUCCUGCAAUGACACAGUAGAUCUAUAUGUUUGUGUUUUAGACAAAGUGCAGACUAUUUGGGAGUCAGAAAAUACAAAGGACAUCAUGGUGCAGAUCCUGAAACUACUUUGUGUAAGCCGUAAUGGCCUUAAUGAAAACGAACUUCUGGCAUUGGUGCCUGGACUCACAUGGUCAAUAUGGACACCAAUUUUUAAUGCGCUCUGUGAUCAGUUAAUUCUCAAAUACCAGACAGGCCUAGUGAUGCCAGCACAUGAACAGACAACAGAGGCAUUGUAUGUGUUCUGUUUUAAGCGAGACCAGAAUGAAGAAGAUGUAGUGGAAACUCGUCAACUAUUGAUAGCCUAUUUCAGUGGAUUGCUCCGACCUGGUCAUGUGACAUGCCGUGUUGCUGAUGAAUUACCAUGGCUGCUGAAAGAAAGUGGAGAUAUCGAUGGCUUGAAGAAGUGUAUUCUUAACCUCUGUAUCUUUCAGCGUCUCUAUGCUCGAGGUCGCUGUGCAGAGCUUAUUAGCCAUUGGCAGUUAAUAGGAGCAGACAAAACCAGCAUGGCUCAAGAAUAUUUAGUCCAAACAAAACAUAUGGAAGUUCUCAACCAAUCAGAUGGAAAUGUGUCAGGAAUUGCUGACAUGUAUGAGACUCUUGGACGAUUCCUUAAAGAUCUUGGAUUAUUAAGCCAAGCCCUGCCUGCCCUACAGCGGUCAUUAGAGAUUCGAGAAACUGGACUUGAUCCUGAUCAUCCUGCUGUUGCUCGAUCUUUACAUCAACUAGCUGGUCUCCAUGCCCAGUGGGGAAAAGUGAGUACUGCUGAGACUCUUUACAAGCAAGCUCUAGAUAUAUAUGAAAAUGCUCUUGGAUCUGAGCAUUAUCUGGUUGCCAAAGAACUUGAUGCUUUAGCAGUGCUGUACCAGAAACAGGACAAACAUGAUCUUGCUGAACCUUUGAAGAGACGAGCCCUCAUAAUCAAAAAGAAAACACGUGGCCCAAGGAUUAGUACAGGUCAAAUCCGAGGUAUUGAUCCCAUGGUACAGCGCCGUGCCCUUCGUCUGGAGGAACUUUCCAUGGGACCUGAUUCAGCUGACCUUGCUCACACCCUUAAUGAACUUGGUGUUCUCUACUAUUUACAGAAUAAUCAAGAAAUUGCAGAGUCUUUCCUGAAAAGGUCUUUGGAGAUGCGCGAGGCCCUGCUUGGAGCUGACCAUCCUGACAUAGCCCAGUCUCUGAACAAUCUUGCAGCAUUGUAUAAUGACCAGAAGCAGUGUGAGAAAGCUAUUCCUCUCUAUGAGCGUGCACUUCACAUCCGCAUGAAGUAUUUGCCAGAUCAUCCAAGUGUUGCUUCAAUCAAUAAACAUCUAGCUGUUCUCUAUAAGAAACUCGGCCAAUACAGUCUUGCUGAACCACUUUACAAACAGGCAGUAGAUAUUCGUGAAAGAUCCUUUGGAAAGAAUCAUCCUGCAGUUGCCACAGCAUUAGUAAAUCUUGCAGUUCUGUUUUCACAACAGAAUAAGUAUGAAGAUGCUGAACCUCUGUAUGAACGAGCUCUGAAGAUUUAUGAAGAUAGUUUUGGUCAACAUCAUCCAAGAGUGGCUGAAACAUUGAGAAAUUUGGCUGUGAUGAAAUUUAAUCAGGAGGAUUAUAAAACUGCUGCCCGAUUGUAUAAGAGGGCCACUGAAAUCAAAGAGACUGAAGCCAGUUACACAGGAAAGGACUUCUCUCGGUGCAGUUCUGGGGGUGACACAAACUCUACCGUGAAAAACAGUGAGCGAACUGUAGGUUAGGCUCAGAAAAGAACACUUCCUUAUUGACCAUACAAAUUAUUGUUUUAGUAGUUUCAGGACUGCUCACUCACUAUUCAAAUAUAAGCUAAUAUAGUGGGCCUGUAAAUAUUUAGCUUAUUUAAUGAGAUUGCUCAUAGAGUGUUUACAACUAUGUAAGUGAAAUGAUAACAUUAUUAACUUAUUUAUUGUUGUUGCUCACAGUUAUACAUGUUUGGGAAAUGUUGUCGGGAGUACAUAAAACAUUUCAGACCUUUGAUCAAUUGAAAAUCAUAAAAACAUACGACUAUGUUGCUAAUAUUUACAAUAUUGUUAACUAUAUUCUGCAUCAAUAUAAUAUAUAAAAAUAUAAUAGAACAUAAAUUACAACAACUAGCUUGAUAUAGAUUGAAAGAGUUGACUUAUAAUAUCAGAUGCAGACCAAAAGAUUUAUAUUGUUGAAUGUAAAUCAUCUGGUUUGCUUCAAACUGUGAUAAUCCAUCUCUUUUAAUCAAUAUCAAUAUAAUUUUAUAUAUAGCAUGCUGCACUUUCAACAUGUAAAGAAAUAAUUUCUAGCUGGAAUUACAAUCCAAUCAUAGACAUAUAACUUAUCCACAGUGAAAACUAAAUGUGAUUUUUUACAGUAUCUCAUUAAAGACUCACUGUUUUAGAUUAAAAUCUUUUUGUUAGUUACAUUUGAUUCUUCUAUUGAGUGUAUUGAAAGUGAUAUCUUGUGGUGUGAUACAAAAGUUAAUUUCUUUAAAUGAGAUUUUGUAAUGCUCAUGGCAAUACCUUAUAUUUAUCCUUCAUGUAUAAGGAAUUUGAAUGGAAAUUUAUAUUUUCUGAAGUAACCAAAGUGCAGUUGUGACUGUAUUUGCUGUCUCCUUAGUUUCUGUACAAACUAAAUGUAUUUUCCCUUCUCAUCAGAAUUCCAAAGACAGCAAUAUAUAUUGGAAUCAAAUGUUUACUUCCACCCUUAUAAAGUUAAACUAUUAUGCCACAGGUUUAUUAGAUUUAUGUGUAUUGAUAUAGUUGACUAUCUCUAUACCUGCUGCAAGCUAUAACCCAACAACACUAUUGCCAAAAAUAAUGUUACUUUGUCUAGAUGGCUAUUAUUAAAACAUUACAUAUUUCUUUAUUUGCUUUCCACAUAGUCAUUACUGCACUUCACUAAAGACAUCACUGCCUUCAAUUUAUUCAAAAGAAGGCAAUACACUAAAGGGUUUUUUAAUGAUUUCUGUAGCUCAUCAAAAAUAUCUAAUAUCAAUAAUGAGUUUUUUUACAUAGAAUUGUUACUUAGGUAAUUAAUCCAGGUAGAUUGGGUUAAUGAGUUUUAACUAGAGGUUCAAUGAGAAGUUAGUGAUAACAAUACAAAACGUCAAAUUUUAAAUUUAAACAGGUAGAUUGGCAAUCUGCUACCUCAGCUGAUUGUAGAAAUUAUACUGAAACUGGACAACUAAAAGCAAGAACAUACUGUAAACAGUUAUAUUGAAAAUACAAUAUAAACUUAAUACAUUUAAUAAAUGCAAGCAUAAAAUUCAGAUCAGAUAUGAUGAAAGUGAUUUUAAUGAAAAAGGUUACAAACAUACAUAGAUGUUUGUAACGUGCAAGCAUUCUUGUAUCCCCAUACAACAUACACAUGCGUUGUGUCUAGUGCUGGUAUACUCUCAACUUAACCUUCACCAGUUCUUCCACAGCCAGACACAAUCAAAUAUUUACCAAACUGCUGUUUGUUUGUCUUCAUCUGAAAUUCCAUUUCUUAGAACUGUAUUUUCUUCCUAAGAAUACUAAUGUCUUCCAAUGCAAAACUUCUUAAAUUAUCUUUCAAAAUUCUUUUUAUUAAAGAGAAACAAGUUAACUUUUUUUCCAAAAUGUUUGCUUCCUGCCAGAAAGCAAUUUGAAACCAUGAAGCUUGUUAAUUUCAAGGAACAUAGAAUGGCUUUACCAUAGUUUCUUUCAUAGGAAAGGUUGGGGUUUAAUUGUCACAGCCACCAAGCUAAAAGAGAUUUUAAUUUUACACUGCUAACUUGUUGUUGGCAUCCUUUUUGUCUCGGGAGACAAUGGAGUUGCGCAUAAAAUAGUCCAGUCCAGCUUUUACAUUUCAUGUCCUGAUACAUUUCCUGCUGUGGCUGUGUAGUCCUAUCCUGGACAG